AUGAUCCGACAGUCGACCUCUGGCCUGAUCUACGACAAGUUACUCGACAUUACAAAGCCAAACGUAAAGAGUAUACAGGGGAACCGCAAUCCCAAGACGACGGCAGAAAAUCGUCCUGAGCAUCUCUUUCCUCUCCGAGGAGACAUCACUGUUGUUUGGCCUUUGGAACCCCAGCUCUCGAAACUACUUCAAUUGCUCCCCCCAAGUGCAAACAGCUCCCACGACCCUGAACAGACCCUCGUCUCACGACCGAUCCUUCUGGACCUUAUACGGAAUGGAGAAUGGAUUUCCCAGGAAUUUCAAAAGGCAGUUGUACGAAUAACACCAGACAUAGUUGUUAAGAUCUGUCGAGGAGACGGGAUAAUCGAGCUAUCAAACCUUCAGCAUAUCCACCCAUUUUCACGUACAAUUCCAGUCCCCAAGCCUCUCGGUAUACUACAGAUAGCGCAACAAACUUAUAUCUUCAGCAGCUUCGUGAAGGGUGUCUGUCUCGACCGUAUCUGGGUAGACCUUACACUUCAGAAGAAAUUAAGUAUCAAACAACAACUGAAUACUAUCUUUACCGAGCUUAGGAAUCUACCAUUACCAUCAAAAGACGGCUUUCUCGGAGGAGGUGAUCCGCCUCUCUGUCUGGAUAAACGACGCUGGACCCGGAAGAGCUCUAUUUCUAUCAAAACCGAGGCGCAGUUUAACGACUUCCUUUUGAGUGAAGCUCAUACUGGCCCUCGGCUUGUGGACCUGGUAAGGUUAUGUCUCCGCGAAGACCAUCGGAUCGUGAUGACACACGGCGAUCUGCACGCAAGAAAUAUCAUAGUCGACAAUAGUUCCGACGUCGCAAUUACUGGCGUCGUCGAUUGGGAAACCGGAGGCGGUUACCCAGACUAUUGGGAAUAUGUAAAAGCCGUCCAAAUACCGUUCAUUGGGGAGCACAAUGACUGGGACCUCUUCUUACCAAACAAUGCCAUUGGCACAUUCGCCGAUGAGUAUGUUAAAGACUGCAUGAUUGAUAGAGUUGUGAAUUGA